CAUUCUUCUCUCUUAGCUUUCCCCAAAAAAAAAAAAUAUGUAGAAAAAUUCAAAAACCCUAAAUCAAUACAAUUUGAUUAUUAUUAUUACAAGGUGAACUCAAUUUUAGUUGUAUUUUGAUUGUGAGAGAUGAUAGUAAGCAAAGAAAAACCACCAGAACCACUUGAUUUCUUCAUUUGGACAGUUGAGGAUGUAGGUUUAUGGUUAGAAGAAAUAAAGCUUGGUAGCUACCGUCAAAUUUUCAAAGAAAAUGGUGUUAAUGGAGAAUAUUUGGAGGGGAUGUCCAUGUUCACGACGGAACAGAUUCUCCGGUUUAUAAGAAGGUGCCACAUGAAAUGGGGAGACUUCAUUACAUUGUGCAAGGAGCUGAGGCGGAUAAAAGUGGCUUGCUUGAAGGGAGAACAAAGAGUCCGGCGACCAUGGUGGGCCCCGUCUUGUAUCUCCGUAGUGUUUAUGAAGACGGCCAAGCGUAACAGGCAGUGUAGAGUGGUUUCACUGAAGCUGGAACCUUAGACACUAAUUACGCCAUCUUUGCGCAUCAUUAGUUAUAAUAUAUCCAGAGAAGUGAAAAAUCGAUCCCCCCCCCCCUCCUCUCUUCUGCCCAAGCUUUUAUGUAUACAUAAGGUUGUAGUCUUUACAUUUUUAGUUUGUGAUGUUUAUAGUAUCAAAUCAAGAAAAUCGAUGACUUUUAUGUAAAUUUCAAUGUGUAAUGUGUGAAUAGUUUCUAAACUUGAAUUGUAAGUUUAGCACUAGACAGUGACCUGCCUGCCAGAUUGAAUGUAUGUGAACUGCUGCUAUUAAAUGUUUGUUCCUCUCA